GCUUUUUCACACACCGCCUGCCUGGUGUUGGCUGUGGUCUUGUGCAUUGGAUCUGUGUUACAUGCUGCACUACCUCUGAAGCAACAUGCUCCGAACUGUAGUUUCUCGGCUCCUUCCUCGUCUGAACCGCCUCUCGGUGUGUCAUUAUUCUGCAGCCGCGAUCCCGGCGCCCAACACGCAGCCCGAGAUCCACUACAACAAGUUGUUCAUCAACAAUCAGUGGCAGGAUGCAGCGAAUAAGAAAACCUUCCCUACCAUCAAUCCAGCAACCGGGGAAGUCAUCUGUGAAGUUGCAGAGGCAGACAAGAAAGAUGUCGACAAGGCAGUAAAAGCGGCACGCGAUGCCUUCAGGUUGGGGUCACCAUGGCGACUGAUGGACGCCUCUCACCGCGGACUCCUGCUCCACCGUCUGGCAGACGCCAUUGAGAGGGAUUCUGCCUACCUCGCUGAGCUGGAGACUCUCGACAACGGGAAGCCAUAUGCUAUUUCCUACAGCGUGGAUCUGCCCACUGUGGUGAAAUGUUUAAGGUACUAUGCCGGCUGGGCGGACAAAUGGGAGGGAAAGACCAUCCCCAUCGACGGCAAUUAUUUCUGCUACACUAGACACGAACCUGUCGGCGUCUGUGGACAGAUAAUCCCGUGGAAUUUCCCUCUGCUGAUGCUCGCCUGGAAACUGGGCCCUGCCCUCGCUACAGGCAACACUGUGGUGAUGAAAGUCGCCGAGCAGACACCGCUCACAGCUCUGUAUGUCGCCAGCCUGAUCAAAGAGGUGGGUUUCCCUGAAGGUGUGGUGAAUAUUUUGCCUGGGAUGGGACCCACAGCUGGAGCUGCCAUCGCAGGACAUAUGGAUGUUGACAAGGUGGCCUUCACUGGAUCAACAGAGGUCGGUCAUCUGAUCCAACAAGCUGCUGGCAAGACCAACCUGAAGAGAGUCACUCUGGAGCUGGGAGGAAAGAGUCCCAACAUCAUCCUGUCUGAUGCUGAUAUGGAGUAUGCUGUGGAGCAGUCCCACUUUGCUCUUUUCUUCAACCAAGGCCAGUGCUGCUGCGCCGGCUCGCGGACGUACGUGCAGGCGGACAUCUACGACGAGUUCGUGGAGCGCAGCGUCGAGAGGGCUAAAAAACGAGUGGUGGGAAACCCCUUCGACCUGAAGACCGAGCAGGGUCCUCAGGUCGACCAGGAGCAGUUUAACAAGAUUCUCGGCUACAUCAGCAGUGGGAAAAAAGAAGGAGCCAAGCUGAUGUGUGGAGGAGAAGUGGCGGCUGACAGAGGAUACUUCAUCCAACCCACCGUCUUCGGAGAUGUCAAGGACAACAUGACCAUCGCAAGGGAGGAGAUCUUUGGGCCAGUGAUGCAGAUCUUCAAGUUUAAAUCACUGGAGGAAGUGUUAACAAGAGCCAACGAUACUCAAUACGGUCUUGCAGCCGCAGUCUUUACGAAAGAUCUUGAUAAGGCCAACUACAUCUCCAACGGACUGCGUGCCGGCACAGUUUGGAUCAACUGCUACGACGUGUUUGGUGCACAAGCUCCGUUUGGAGGUUACAAGGCUUCAGGGAACGGCAGAGAGCUCGGAGAGUAUGGUCUGGAGAACUACACGGAAGUCAAAACGGUGACGAUCAAGGUGCCACAGAAGAACUCUUAGACGUGUGCAGCGAAGCCAGUGAACAGCAGAUUAAAUUCGACUAGAAAGCUGUUGUGAAGAAACUUUGCCUUCAAAUACCAUCUUCAUGACCUACGCGAGUAACUCUGCUGCUUUCUGCUACUCAUGCAUAGUACAUAUCUGUUGAGGCCCAAAACAUCUUUAAAGUCACAAUGCUUCUACUUAAAUCUUGAAUGAGUACAACUGAUUGAAGAGCGUCAGCGUUAAAUGCAUUAUUUUGAAUAUUCAGUCGCAGCACUUAGACGUUUAAAGCCGUAAGACUUAAAGUCACUGUAAUCUUUUUUUUUUUGUAAUUUUUCCUAAUAAAUGCUUUUCUCUGGCA